CACACACACAUACACAUACACAUACACAUACACCUCCCUCUCCCAACACCAACAAAAUGGAAAACACUCUAGACGACAUCUUCGGCUCCUCCCCACCCCACGACGCCCCCGACCACCACCAAAACCACACCCACACCCACACCCACACCCCCGCUCCCGCCAGCGAACCCUCCGACCUCCCCUCCCUCCGCCGCCAACACGUCACCGCCGGCUACCGCGACGGCCUCGCCGCCGCCAAAUCCACCCAAGUGCAAUCCGGCUUCGACGCGGGCUUCCCCGUCGGCGCCCAGCUGGGCAUGCGCGUGGGCACGAUCCUGGGGAUCUUGGAGGGGGCGAUCCGCGGGCUGGAGGAGCCGACGCGGAAGGGGGUCCGCAAGGUUGGAGCUGGUGGCAGUGCUGCUGCUUCCAGGCCGGGCGGCGCUGUCGGCAGGAAGGAUACCCCGGCUACGAGUAACGAUAAAGGUGAGACGCCGCGCGAGAGGAAACGCGCCGAACUGCUGGGGCUGUAUCGUCGGGCGGUCCGGGAGUUGGACAUCCGGAAGGUGUUUGAGGGGGUAGGGGGGGUUUCGGCGGAGGAUCUUCCGGGUCAGGCCGGGACUGGGAAGCAGACGGAACUGCCGGAGACGAAACUGGCCCGCAAGGCGGAGGAGGUGAUUUCGGCGUGGGAGCGGAGGGUCCAGGUGGCGCUGUGGGAGGAGAAUAUGGAUGCGUUGGAGUUGAAGGAGUUGUCGGGUUGA